AUGUCAACCACCCGAUCUAUCAACAAUGGACUCACUCUGCCCACACUCAAUGAUUACGGCAGCAUCUUCGACCACUCCCUAGACUCGCCGGUGGAGGAGCCACACGAAUGGGAAAUCCCCGAGAACGGAGUCGAGCGAAGACGAAGUCAACAGAAGAACGAACAGCCCGAUCCGAAAAACAGGAAGAGCGCGGUGGAAUGGGUUAUCCCAGCGUUGCGCAACUGGUCACUCCCUUCGUUUCUUGGGGACCUAGGUCGAACGCUGAUCAACGACGGAGUAUACCUCCCGCACCCGGAUAUAGCACCAUCCAUCAACGGACAUCCGCAUCAGCACAGACAGACACCGGCUCCGCUCUCGUGGACGGAUCCGUCGGCUCCACACUGGGAGACAGAACAGUGGCUUAAGCGGCUUCCGCUGCAGAACAAGACCAGGUUUUACCAGAUAGAGCUCCUCGACGAGCCGCUGAUCGGUGCAGAGAACUAUCUUUCCUGGGCAGAGAAUAUGGGCGAGAUGCUGGACCAGUGCAAUGUCUGGCCGAUUGUUGGCGGUGGUCUGGAACCAGUGCCGGCGAUGAGCAAGUUUUGUACCCAGUGGAGGCAGGUGAACAAUCACGUGUGGAUGAUAAUCACUGCAAAUGUGUCGCGGGAGAUCCGGCGCGAGCUCUGCGUUAAUGGAUUGGCGUGGGACGCGCGAGGCACUUGGAGUUAUCUCCAGGGGACAUGUGGCGGCGACUUGGCCAUGACACGGCGAUCCAUGCAAGGCAUACAAGACCUUUUGCACAUCAAGUACGACGACUGCUCAUCGCUAGAUGAUUACCUGGGUAGAAUGCUAGUCUGCAUCCGGGCCAUCGAGUGCAACCGCCAAGGGAGAGAAGACAAUGUUUGGUUGUGGUGCCAGUUCAUUCUGGCAAAUCUAGGCCGGGAAUGGGAUGAUUGGGUCUCGGAUCUUGUGACAAAAGCCGAAGAUGACAGCACCAAUGGUGACUUCCUGGACAGCUUCGAGCACCUAUAUCAACUCCUCGGGGUGGAGGAGACGCGGCGGGUACGCGCUUCGCGCUUCCUGUCGCGGAGUGGUGAGUGA